GCCAAGUAAUACUUGUGUCUCUCACGUUAUAAGAUUUUUCAUUAGCAUUCUAAAAGGAUAAGAUUAUCAAAGUGUGGACUAAAUGACUUUGUUCUAAAAGGAAUUUCUUUGGAUAUUGGAUUUCCCUAUUGUAAGUCAAUGACUUUGAUACGGGCAACUCUAGUGAUUUCUCUACUUGUAUAUGCCCUGUAUGUAGUGCUUAACAUUCACAAGAGGAAAAGGUUUCCUCCAAGUCCUACAGGGUUUCCCAUUUUAGGACAUCUUUAUUUGUUAGCUGGCAAAAAUCCACACCAACAUUUACAAAAACUAGCCAAGAAAUAUGGUCCUAUGAUGUAUGUGCAGUUGGGACUAGUACCUGCAAUCGUUAUCUCAUCCGUUGAUGCAGCCGAGAAGGUCCUCAAGACAUAUGAUCACAUCUUUGCUAGUAGGCCUCAUAGUGAGGCAUCUCAAUAUUUGUCUUAUGGACAGAAGAAUUUAAUAUUUGCAAAGUAUGGUGUGUAUUGGCGUAACAUGCGCAAAUUGUGCACUGUUCACCUUUUGAGCAAUCACAAGAUCAAUUCAUUUCAAUCCAUGAGAAAGCAAGAACUUCAACUUCUGAUUGAAUCCAUUAAAAAGGAAGCUGAUCAUGAUCGCGUAGUUGUUGAUCUUAGUGCAAGGAUUUUGUCCUUGAAUGCUAAUUUGACUUGCUUGAUGAUUUUUGGAAAGAAGUGCAUGGAUGAGGACUUGGACAAGAGGGAAUUCAAAGCUAUUGUUCAAGAUGUUGUGGAUUUAGCAUCCACACCAAAUCUUGGAGACUUUUUUCCUUUCCUUGGUGUUAUUGAUCUCCAGGGUCUCAAUCGCAAACUCAAGGAUCUUUCAAUGGUAUUUGAUGAAUUUCUUGAGAGGAUUAUUGAUGAGCAUGUCGAGUAUCAUGAUCGGGAUCAAACCAAGGACUUUGUGGACACCAUGAUGGACAUAAUGCAAUCUGGAGAAGCAGAAUUUCAGUUUGACCGUCGUCAUGUAAAAGCUAUCCUCUUGGACAUGCUUCUGGCUGCAAUGGACACUACAGCAUCAACAGCAGAAUGGAUACUCACCGAACUUCUUAGGCACCCCCAAGUAAUGAAGAAACUCCAAAAUGAGUUGCAAGAAGUGGUAGGCCUUGAAAGGAUGGUAGAAGAACCAGACAUGGAGAACUUAAACUACUUAAACAUGGUUGUAAAUGAGGGCCUGAGGCUGCAUCCUGCAGUGCCACUAUUUUUUCAUGAGGCCAUGGAAGAUUGUGUAGUCGAUGAUUUCCACAUACAAAAGGGAACCAGAAUCAUAAUAAAUUGUUACGCGAUUCAUAGGGAUCCAAAUGUUUGGCCUGACCCUGAGAAGUUUUUUCCUGAGAGAUUUGUUGGGAGCAGUAUAGAUUUUCGUGGACGCGACUUUCAACUUUUACCAUUUGGCUCUGGGAGAAGAAGCUGUCCUGGAAUGCAGUUGGGAGUUACCAUUGUCCGCCUUAUGGUGGCACAAUUGGUGCAUUGCUUUGAGUGGGAGCUUCCAAAUGGUAUUGACGCUUGUGAUUUAGACAUUGAUGAGAAGUUUGGGAUGGUAACAUGCAGAGAAAAGCCUUUGCUUGCUAUGCCUACUUAUAGACUAAAAAAAUGAUACAAAUACAAUACAAUGCAAUGCUAAGUAUUUCUAUACUUUAACAUCUUAUUACAAGAAAACAUUGAAAGUUUCUACUAUAUGAUUUUGUGAUUGUUGUGUUCUUCCCCUGCUAUACCUAAUAAAAUUGCUAUUUUCCAAA